GAACAGAACUUUUUACAAUCGUCCAUAAUGACAAACACGCCAUUCAGAAAAUUCUGAUCAUACGCUACGGGUGUCAGACUGGACGGUAAGCAGGUUGCUAGCUAGCUAACAAACUGGCUAAUGUAACGUGAGCUAGCUGGCAUGUUUAGCUAAGACUUUCCAGAAACUAUUGUUUUGACUCUAAAGUUGCUCGCUCAGCACUCUACAGGUGGGAACGUGAAUUACAUCGGCAGUGGUUACAAAUCCGGCGCGUGCGCUUUGACAAGCUGAACAUUGCACUCGCAAUGCAAUGUAUUGCUAAUGCAACUGGCCACGACUCUGUAAGCAAAAUUCAAAUACGACAGUUCUCUACAGUUGAAGAGUAAUGUCAUUUACCAGAACGUUUGCGGACGUGAAGAAAGUUAUCUUAUCUGCACACAGAAACACAGGAGCCGACGAUAAAGUUGGCUUCUACGACACAUGGGCAGAUAAUUAUGACCAGGAUGUUGGUAUUCUGGACUACAGAGCUCCAAAUCUUGCUGCAAAUUGCCUGUCCUGUAGUUUCCAUGGGGAUCGAGAGGAGGCUGUAGUUUUGGAUGUUGCUUGUGGGACUGGAUUGGUCGCUAAACAGAUGAAGAAGAUGGGCUUUGGUCAUUUUGUGGGUGUUGAUGGGAGCAAAGGCAUGUUGGAGCUGGCGAGUAAUACAGGGCUUUAUCAGGACCUCAGGCACUGCAUGCUCGGAGUGGAGUCAUUGCCUGUCCAGUCAGGUUCGUUUGAUCUAGUUGUGAUUGUCGGAGCCCUGAGUGUUGGUCAGGUACCUGUGGUUGUGGUGAGAGAGCUUUGCCAGGCUGCCAAACCAGGGGGCUAUGUUUGCAUGACAACCAGAGGUAACCACGACAACGUGGAUUACAAGGCAUCCCUGGAGCAUGAGCUGGAUCUCAUGGAAGUGGAGGGACUCUGGUGUCGAGUGAUGGUCACAGAGGUUGAGAACUGGGAGAGAGCAGUUUCCGAUCAGGAGGAUGGAUACAUACCUGGAGCAGUAUACCUGUAUCAGAGGUCACUACGGCAACGGAGCACAUCAUCAUCACCACCAAAGUGACUAUGCAUCUGCAGGACAUAUAAUAAGCUGUUUGUUUGUGCAGGAAACAAUUGAUUUUGUUGGUGUAAUCCUCUAUUUAGGUUUCUACAGACCCUACUACCACAAAGUCCUGUUCACACCCUAGAUUUGCAGUGCUGUCUGAUCAAACUGUGGUAGGAAGGUCUGGGGCAGUUGAGACAAUGACAAGGCUAACCAGUUGUGACUCUAGAUGACUGUUUAUUUUGAUUUUACUCAAAAUUAACCACUAGGUUGCAGUAUUUACCUGGCAGUUAGGAAUACCUUUGGGUCUUACUCUGAAAAGGGACAAUAUCACGACAGAAGCAACUGAAAAUCUUGAACAAGCUCAACAGAUGCGUCAGUCUUGUUUGCCUGUGACGUUGUUGCUAAAUUUGGACUGGAUCUUUACAUUCAAUUGUCUGAGACUCUUUAACCUGACAUCAUCCUUCCCUCUGCCUGCUCAUGUAGUGAUCUCACCCCUGCUAGCCAUGACUGAUACACACACACACACACACACACACACAUACACACAUACACAGACCAACAUCGUUCAAGUUCAUGUCAAGAACAUAUUAUUGUCACAUACACACUUUAACACUUCAGACACACGCACAUAUAUACUGUUGUCAUUCAAGUCAGUGCCACAUCAAUGUAUUGAACAUCUUUCAUGGCAUUCUUUUAACAACAUGGUUAGAGAAGACCUGAACAUUCUAUCCGAUAAACACAGAAUCUGUCACAGUUCAGGAGAUUACUACAAGAGAGGCUACCUUGGAGAUGUAGUAAUCUCAUCACCCACAUAUCCUAUGUCAGCCUUCGAAAGACUUUAUAUUGACAUUUGUAUGUUGAUACAUCUUGUUAAGACUCCAUGUACCUUACAAACAGCUCUGUAUUUAAGUUGAUGUUUUAAUCACGAGUCAUUGUGAGCCUAUUUGUGAGCCUAUUUGUGUCCAAUGUUCAUGUAUUAUACUAUUUUAAUUGGAGACAUUUUUUGAUUCCUAUUUGAUCAUUAUUUGUAGUUUACGUAAAUAAAUAAAAAAUCCCCCUAAA